AUGACUCUGUGGAACGGCGUGCUACCUUUCUACCCCCAGUCCCCACAUUCGCCGGGCUUCACCGUCCCACUGCUCAUAGUCAUUUUGGUCUUCUUGUCCUUCGCCGCCAGCUUCCUGCUCAUCUUGCCGGGGAUCCGCGGCCAUUCGCGCUGGUUCUGGUUUGUGAGAGUUCUUCUCAGCCUGUUCAUAGGCGGAGAAAUCGUGGCUGUGCACUUCAGUGGAGACUGGUUCGUGGGUGGAGUGUUCACCAACACAUCCUACAAAGCCUUCAGCACGGCGCAAGUGCAGGCCCUCGUGGGUCUGCACGUGGGCCUGGUGGGCGUUAACAUCACACUCAAAGGGGUUCCGGUGAAGCAGCUGAAUGAGACCAUAGACUACAACGAGCAGUUCACCUGGCGCCUGGAUGAGGACUACUACCGGGAGUACUUGGACGCACUGGAGAAGGGGCUGCCGGACCCGGUGCUUUACCUCGCCGAGAAAUUCACCCCAACCAGCCCUUGUGGCCUGUACCAACAGUACCACCUGGCGGGACACUACGCCUCGGCCACGCUUUGGGUGGCCUUCAUCUUCUGGGUCAUCACCAACGGGCUGCUCUCCAUGCCCGCCCCUCUCUACGGGGGCCUGGGACUCCUAGUCACCGCCGCCUUCACGCUAUUCUCCAUCUUUUCCUUCGCCACCAUCGCCGAAGUGCCCGUCUGUCCGCUCCGCAUAGGCUCCGAGUCCUUCGUCACUUCCUUCGGUGCCGCCUUCUGGGUCACGCUCGCAACAGGCAUCCUGUGCCUGCUGCUCGGAUGCGCCGUGGUGUGCGCCCACUACACUUCGCCCAGCGCUCUGCGCAUCUUUCUGGACAUCGAGGACAACGACUGUGGCGCCCCGGUGAAAGGCGGCGCGCCCCUCCUCCUCAACAACCCGCUGCACAAGCAGUUCGCGCCCCCAGACUUCAGUGUCACCACUAACCUGUGA